AUGGCGUCACUGCCGCAUUCACUGAAGCCAUACUCAUGUGUCGUAUGCCACAACAGAAAGGUCAAAUGUGAUCGCAAAGAGCCUUGCUCAAAUUGUGCAAAGGCCAAUGUUGAUUGUUUCUAUCGUCCUCCGCCACCGCCGCGUCGCCGUAAAAGAGAGCGCGACACCAGUGGAAAUGCGUCUCAGGAACGCGAGAAGUCACUUCGGAAAAUGACCCCAGAGCCUUCACGAGUUGAUCAGCCCGUUAAAAGAUCGUCUCCGACUGGCGAUGGGCCAUUUGAGGCCGAAUCGAAGUCAAAUGGAUCGGGGAGGAUGAUCAUGAAAGAGGGAAAUUCAAUUUAUCUCGACAAUACUCUUUGGACCAGUGUUAGCUACGAGCUUCCGGAUGCUGCAGACGUAUUAGGCAACACAUCUGAUGAACGCAAUGAUGAUUUGUCGCAAGAAGAGGAUAUCAAUGAGCCCAUGAUGCUCAUGGGGCUUGCGACUCGAGAGAGCCUCACUGAACUACACCCGGACGCUCUCCACAUAUUUAAAUUGUGGCAGACGUUUCUCGAAAACGUCAAUCCCUUGAUCAAAAUUGUGCAUACACCAACACUUCAGCCACAGAUACUAGAGGCCACUGGCGAUCUCCCGAGGGUGCGAAAAGAGCUAGAGGCUUUGAUGUUUGCCAUAUAUUGCAUCGCACUGGGGUCUCUACGGGCUGAUGAGGUCGAAAGGUCUUUUGGAGAAAGCAAAAAGAAGCUACUCUCACGAUACAGACAAGGAGCGCAACUGGCCCUGAGCAAGGCUUCAAUUCUUCGUACCUCCAACCUGAUGGUGCUACAGGCAUUCAUGCUCUACCUGUUGUCUAUGCGUGCAUUCUCCGACCCACAUACCACCUGGACUAUGAGCGGUGUUGCCUCGCGAAUUGCCCAGAGAAUGGGGAUCCAUCGAGAUGGUUCUGGAUAUGGACUAAGCUUCUUUGAGACUGAAAUGAGACGUCGGAUCUGGUUUCAAGUUGUGAUUUUAGAUGCGACAUCUGCGCAAUCCUGUGGCGUCGCUUCCAGUCCUUUGCCCACUAAUGCUGACACCAAACCACCCAUGAACAUCAAUGAUAGCGAUCUAGACCCGCGCAUGACUGAAUCACCCUGUGAAAAGCAGGGUCCAACGGAAAUGAUGUUCUGCCUUGCUCGCAGCGAGUUCGGUAAAUGGCUUAGUCGCUGGAGCAAGGAUGCAGGUCCCUCCAAUUCGCCGUGGGCUUUCUUAUCCUCCUCAACAAUGUCACUUGAGCAAAAGGAUAUUGCUAUCGAUGAACUGGAGAAAACCAUGGAGAAGAAGUUUUUACAGUAUUGCGACCGAUCUAUUCCUCUUCAUCUGGCUACUAUAAUGAUGGCCCGUUCAGCCAUACAUUACACAAGGUUGAUGGCGCACCAUCCACGGCAGUAUCGAGACUGCAAUACUCGCAUUUCACAAGCUGAGAAGGACAUAAUCUUUGAAAAUUGUCUGAAGAUGACUGAAUAUGCAGAUUAUACUCAAACAAACGCCGAUGUCCAGCGGUUUGGGUGGCACACGGUGCAUCAUAUGCCUUGGGACGCGAUGAUUUUCAUGUUGUCUGAAAUGCGCGUCCGGAAUGAUCCAGAGGAGAAAAGCAAGGUGUGGGAAAUCGUUGGGAAUAUUUAUUCUCGCCAUGUUGGACAAAGGCGUAGAAAUGCGGGCAGGCCUCUUCACCUGGCCCUGCAGAAUCUCAUGGUCAAGGCCUGGAAAUCGUACACUGAAGAAUGUCACCUUCAGCAUCGUGCUCCAACAACCUGUCCGACAAUAAUAGCUACUUUGAUUAGCAAUCCAGAAUGUGUCACCGAGCCACACGUAACACAGGGGAAUUCUAGUUCGACCCAACAAACAAACACUAUGGAAUCUCAUCACGACCCAUCUAUGUUACAACUUGACGAUAACAGAGAUUUUGAUUUUCUAGCUCAAGAUACUAGCCCAAUGGACUGGAAUGAGUGGGAUUGUCUUUUGAAUCAGUUCCAAGAAUCGUUGAUGGAUGAUAUAGUCCACUUCACGAGUCUCUGA